AUGUGGAUACGUUUUGCACAUUUACAAUAUAAUGAUAAAUAUAAUCAGCAAAUUUUUAAAUCAAUUUUUAAUGAAUCUUUUAAUAAAGAAAAAUUAUUUUCUUUAUCAAAAGAACAUAUAAUGACAAAAGGAGAAAUUCAAAAAAUUAGACAAUAUUAUUCAACUGAAUUUGAUUUACCAUUAAAAAAUAUAGAG